CAGUGAAUAUGUAUUAUGACUGUAAGGUCAGCCUUUGUAUUCUAUUAUUGAUAUAAAAAUAGCUGACUUUAAGAGUAUAUAAAAUGAACAAAACAUCAGUAUUAAUAGAUAUCAUUUUGUACAAUAAUCAGCUAAACUAAAUAUGGAAGUUGGGAACUAUAAAGCACAUCUUUUGUUCUCUAAGAACAGCUGAAAUAAAGGAGUUGGAAAGAAAUUGGAUAACUAUCAUCACAUAACACAUAAGUGCGCUGACACAUGAUGAACUUGCAUAUUUCACUGUGUGCUCACACCUUUUUGGUGCUAAUUGUAGCAAUUUUUCACACACUUCACUUGUUUUGCACUCCCACUAUGUCUUCAUCCUCACAUCGCGCGUUAGUCAAAUUCGGGUUCACCCCUAGAUCAAUAUAACGUGAGAUCAGAUAAAAACAGGGGCCAUUCAGGACAAAAGGUGGGGAAGAGAAGUCGUGUAUAAAGGUGGCAGUUGUGGCAGAGGACAGGCUGCAGCAGCACACAGGCUUGCUCACAGUCCUGGACACAUCACCUUUCUACUCAGAAUGCAAACAUUGGUGACUUUGUGCGCUCUUCUGUCUCUGCUGUUUUCUGCUCAUGCAGACGUCGUGGAACGUUUUGAGGACGUGGCAGAAUGCAUGAAGUACUUUUAUAAAGCAAAGGUGCCAGGAUGGGGGGCUUCCACACCAGGCGCUGCCCGGCUGUGUCAACGCUUCGUCAACAGGUUCCACUUCGCCACACUGUAUGACACCAACCGUCGCAUUGCUGUCUACUCUGCGUACCAGUUUGAGCCCAGCAGUGGAGGUGGCAGGGAGAAGAGGUGGUUUGUAGAGCCUCAGCUGGUGAAUGAGUCCUGGCAAGCCGAGAUGAAGGACGGAUACUGGCUGGGUAAGGACUACCCAGGGGUCUACCUGGGUGAGAAACAAGCUCUCAACGACGACUACAAAUACUCUGGCUUUGACCGAGGUCACCUUAACCCUAACGGACACCAUCCAGUGCCCAGUCGUAAUGCCACUUUCACCCUGACCAAUGUGGUUCCCCAGAACCCCAAAAUGAAUCAAGAUGCCUGGAGGAUCCAUGAGUCUGAGCUCACCUCUCUUUUCCUGGAAAAGUGUUCAAAGGCCUACGUUCUUGUUGGGGCCAUCCCCUCCGCAGACAAUUGGAUUAUCAAAAACAACGUGAAGCGCGUCAACAUCCCAGACUACGUGUGGAACGCCUACUGCUGUGUGGACAACAACGACAGGCCCGUGCAGAGUGGCGCUGGUACAGCAAGAAACACAGAGGAGAACUAUGUUGUGAAGCGGUCACUGGAUGAACUGGGUGCAUUUCUGCAGCAGUUUUCCAAUGAACCAGUAGGAGAGCUGUUCUACAACCACUGUCGCGCAUAAAUUAUUGGCAGGAAAAUGACUUAAAUUUUGUUUUUUUAAUAUUUUAGAUUCAAAAUUACAUUUAAACGUCCAGUUUGCCCAUCCAUCUUCUGCAGCGGCCUUAUUGUGUUCAUUUAGUUGGGCUGGCCCUUUCUAGGCCUUGUCAGUGGGUGCAAGGCAGAGUCACCAGGCCAUUGGGCAAACAAGCUUUCCCUCACAAAAUAACAUUUAAAGACAUUUCAAAAUGACACUGGAACAGAUCCAAAAUUGGGUAUCAUAUCUUGGUUAGCAGUAACCCAACAAGUUAGCAAAGACCAUUCAGCAUAUUUAAAGGGUGCUACAAUUUAAUUAAUAGCUGUUAUCCUUUACCGGCUGCAUUUUUUUAACAGUUAUACCCAAAAAAAGAACUAUUAGUGUUUUUUUUUUUUUUGCUGUCACACAGAUGCUAAAUUAAGUAAUGAUUGUUAAUUUAACUAUAACACACACAAUGUAUAUUUAGACAGCAAUUGAGAGCUUCAGAUACAUUCCUGGGUAUGUAUGGAACAUGCAUCUACAGCUGCGGAUGGCAUUAGAAGUCAAAGCGGUGUGAGGUGAAUUCACGGCAACAGUCUAAAAGGAGUCUAAAACUAACAAAACAAAAAACAUUUGCUUAUUAAGAAUCCGUAUUAAUAAAAAGAUGUUUCAGAGGACCAUCAUGACUGUUUAUUUGUGUCCUUCUUGUCACUUGCACAAGCAGACACCAGCGACCUGAAAUGGGUUUUAUACUGGUGACAUUAUCUGAAAGGUUUGGACACCAUAAAGCAAAUUCUGAAAAAGAAAGAAAU